AUUAUUAUUACUUUAGUAUCGUUAUACUAUUAAUAACAAAUUUAUUUUACAGAUUUAAUAGUCUUCAACUAUUUACUUAUUUAUCUCAAAAAAAUGUUAUUUCGAUUCUUCAUUUUAAAUUUUUAUAAUUUUUGGAUUUUAAAUCAAUGUUUGAUGGUUUUCUGUAGUUCAAGUUCAAAUUCAGGCAUAGACGACAAAUAUGUUAUCAAUGCAUUCAAUACUAUUCGUCAACAGAUUGGAUGGGAUUUAGAUAGGUCAUAUGGGUUCUGCAUCGGUGAAAAUAGUUAUCAGUAUUAUAAUAUGGAAGAAAUUAUGUCAGAAAUUAAUUCAAGUAAUUUUUUAGAAAAAAUACCAAGGAUAAACAAAUUAAUAAUUCUUAGAUACACUGAAUAUUUGAAAAUAUUUGGACGUUUAUUGAACAGUUUUGUUCAGUUUUGCCACCAUAAACAACAUUCAGAAGAAGAUUUCAUUCAUUGUUGUAAUGAGUUGCGGAAUAUAGUAACCAUAUCAAAUAGAAUGUUUUUAAAAUUUUUAUAUGUCGCUAUUUUCUUAGAUCAUAUCAAUUCUUAUCUAAAUACGAAUCAUAAUUUAAAUUUAAAAAGUAUUAUUACUCAUAUAGGGGUAUUUUAUAGUCUGGCAUUAAAAAAACCUUUUAAAAUUAUAAGAUUAAGAACUGCUAAGAAUAUGGUAAGAAUUUUGAAAAAUUUUAUUACUUAUACAAUAGACAAAAAAAUAUCUGAACUUGACCAAAUAAAUAAAUCCGCGAUAUAUAAUACUCACAAUUCAGCUCAUGCAUCUUUAGAGGUCCAAUAUAGUAUGAGCCGGUUACAAGAAAUAAUUACUAACACUGUUGAACGACAUAAAACUAUUUUAAUUAAAUUUUAUAAGGAGACACUUCAAGAUGGAUAUUACGAUUUGGGCUUUGACAAAUUGAUUGUUGAUAAUACUAAGCAGCGUAUAUUAUCACAAAUUAUGAACCACCAUACCCAUUAUAACGAAGAACAUGAAAAUGAUAAUUUUGACAAUAUAGAAGAUUAUACAAAAUUUGAUGAUGAAGAUUUAAAACGAGAUUCUAAGAUGGUCAAUAAUACUAUCUAAAUUUAGAUACGACGAUUGGUUUGAACAAUAAACAUUAUUUUUUUGAUAUUACAAAAAAGAAAAAUUGUUUAUUAAUUAAGUUAGUUAUUAUUUUAUUAUAUAGCUUUUAAUUCAAAAGUAGUAACAUAAAAAAAAUUUAUUUUUAUUGAUCCAGUGAUUAAACUGCAUAUAAUGUUAAUGACAGGAUUUGAAAAAUCAAUUUU